UUGUAAGGGAGCCGAUGCCAUCUAAAAACUGGUCAACGACCAACGUGAGACCAUCUGCAGUCCCACAGCUUCCGCAUUCUGAUGGACUUAACAGCUCUGAUUUCUCUCCGAUUCCGAAACCAUGUACACAUUGAAGAGACCACUUUUUCACUCCUUCAGAUUUAACAACUCCAAUUUCACAUCUCUCCGAUCCUCAACAAAAACAUAUCAAGCCAAUGAAACAAUCAGGUCCCAGAAUCCCAUUUUCAGUGCCAAGUUUCCUGAUCCAACCAGGCCAUUUUUCAUUGCAAAUUCACCUUCGGUGUCAAGGAUAAAUACCCACUUCCCAAAUUCAUUGAUACAACCAAGACUGACUUCCACGACUCAAACUUUUCCACAAAUCAGGAACUUUUGUAAUAAACAAUCAAACCCGAAUGCCGAACUUUCUGCUUCAAACGAUAUAUCCGCUGUCAUUCCACCAAUUCGGAGCUCUCAGCCUAUUGAUGCAGGGUCUUCAAUGAGAAAACCAAUCAGUUUAUGGCCUGGAAUGUACCAUUCUCCUGUAACAAAUGCUUUAUGGGAAGCAAGAUCAAGCAUGUUUGAGAAAAGUGCUGAUGACAAGCAAUAUUCACAAAGUGAAUUAGUUGCAAAAACCCCUUCAAGGAGCAGGACUUGUAUUGAUUAUAAGUUUUCUUCUGAUUAUAUACUUAAGGAGCAGUAUAGGAAUCCUUGGGAUGAGAUUAGGAUGGGGAAAUUGCUUGAGGAUCUGGAUGCCCUCGCUGGAACCAUCUCAUACAAGCACUGUCGGAAUGAUGAUGGUGCAACAAGGCCUAUAUUAUUGGUUACUGCUUCUGUUGACAGGAUGGUUUUGAAGAAACCAAUCCAUGUUGACUUUGAUUUGAAAAUAUCCGGUGCUGUUACAUGGGUUGGGAGGUCAUCUAUGGAGAUUCAGCUGGAAGUAACUCAAUCCACACAAGAUUCUCCAAAUCCAUCUGAUUCAAUUGCUUUUGUGGCAAACUUCACAUUCGUGGCCCGUGACUCCCAAACAGGAAAAUCAGCUCCAGUUAACCAGAUCUUGCCUGAAACUGAACGUGAAAAAUUGCUAUGGAAAGAAGCAGAAGAAAGGAACAAAAUGAGAAAGCAGAAGAGAGCAGAACGAAAGAAGGAUGCAAAUAACAGUGAUGAAGACAGACUUUACUCAUUGUUGGCUGAAGGGCGGGUUUUCUGCGACAUGCCAGCAUUGGCAGACAGGGAUAGCAUUCUUAUUAGAGAUACUUGUCAUGAGAAUUCUUUGAUAUGCCAACCACAGCAAAGGAAUAUUCAUGGUCGGAUAUUUGGAGGAUUUUUGAUGCGGAAAGCAUUUGAACUGGCCUUCUCAAAUGCUUAUGCCUUUGCUGGUGCAGCACCUUGUUUUUUGGAAGUUGAUCAUAUUGACUUCUUUAAACCUGUGGAUGUUGGAAAUUUCCUUCGUCUCAAAUCUAGUGUUUUGUACACAGAAGUCGAGAAUCCUGCUAAACCUCUGAUAAAUGUGGAAGUGGUAGCUCAUGUCACAAGGCCUGAGCUAAGGUCCAGCGAAGUAUCCAACAAAUUCUACUUCACAUUUACCGUCCGACCUGAGGCCAUGAAAGAGGGAUUAAGGAUUCGUAACGUGGUUCCAGCAACUGAAGAGGAAGCACGACGGGUGCUUGAACAUAUGGAUGCUGAGAGCUCCCAAUAGGCACAAUUAUGAAGACUGUGUGUCAAGAGGAAGGAAUGACAUGAACCUCUUGUUUUACAACUCUAGGAUGUUAUUAAUAAGCAUCCUUGGAAUAGCAAAAUACAUAUUGAUGUUUUGCUCAUUCAUUUGAAUUUAUAUCUGUAUCUAAAAUCCAAGGUCGACAGGUAUUAUAUCCAUUUGAAGCUUGGAAUACAGCACUCUAAAGGUCCCUUCACAUUGUCUAGGAUUCAAUGAUGGAAAUAUUUCCAUCUUAAUCUCACAAAAGCAGAUAGAAUUAGCGAGCCUGGAAAUGGACGUCACUCUGCUCUUUUGGACAA